UUUGGCUUCUAGUGCUGGAUAGCCCCUCUCAUCUCCUAGCUUCUAAUACUUGAGUCUGCUCUCAAGUCCACUCCUAAGAAGCAGAAGGGCCUUUUGCCCCUGCAUCGUCUUGGUGUUGCUAGCAAUGGCAGAGAAACCCUGAAGACAGAGAGCAGAGUGAUUUGGAGGUUGGGUGGUUUGUCCCAAAAGAACUGACGAGUGCUGGGCCAUUGAUUCUUUGGGAAAUACAGGAAUGACUAUUAUUUUAUUUUCCAAAUAUGGGGGGGUAUAAGGGUCAGUCAAAUUGCAGCAUGAGCAGAAAAGCAUUUCUCAAUGCAUUGUGAGGAUUUUAAUUCUAAGAAAGUGCUUGGUUGGCGAAGGGGAGCAGAGAAAGGGUCAGGCUUUCCUGGUGUGGUCUCUCUCCUCUCUAGCUAGAUAUGGUUAUUGAUCAUAUUACAUUGUUUUAAAAGUGUUAAAGGAUACAAGAAAACAAAGAGGCUUCGGGAACCCUCUCUCCUGCCUAGGUUUGCUGCUUUUCAUCGGUAAAAAGGGUGAAUUGUGUUGUUGGUCUGAUUGGUCCUGGGGAUUAUGACAUUUUCUAUGUAUAAUUUACAUGUGGAUAGCUUCUCACUUCUGCUUCCUUGUGCUCUGUUGUCAAUUCAUAAUUCCCUUGUGACACACAUUUGGCUGGACUUGAAAGAAUCUCACAGAAAUGAGGAAGAAAAAAAGAAUCACGUUAACGAGGUGGCCUUUCACCACACAAUGAAUCGUAGAAACCCAUCUACGUAAGGAAACAAAAUACUGAAAAGUCUUAGGUAUUUUCUCCUCUUGGAAGGCUGUAGUUUUAAUGCAGCGGUUUCAAAUAUUGGCCAAUACUUUGCCAUAACUACACCCUGGGCAGACUUGUUGACCAGAGAGCUUCUAGCUGACUCCUCAUCCCCAGGCCUUGAAAUUCCCAUGACUGUGUUGAGUGUUUUCAUGGGUUUAGGGAUGGAAUUCUGGUCCCUAUGUUUGCUUGAGCCUCCCUAGUUCCCAUUAACUUUUUUUGUUCCCCCUCAUCAAGCUCUAUGACCAGUUUUGGAUACUCACUUUUUUCCUCUUUAGAGCACCCCUGGAAUCAUAGCACCUUCCCUGCCAGUCUUUGGAGUAACCAAAAAAGAUCACAAACAAAACAAAAACAAAAACAAAAACAAAAAACCCAAACAAGCUCAAACCCACUUACUAUGUAACAUCUUCCAUGGUCAGCACUCCAUCUAUGUUUUGCCUUCACCUAGGGAAGCCAUUGCUAUUCACAUGAUCAGAUGAUGAAUUGGGUCAGACAGAGCAGGCACAUUGGGUAGUUCUGGCCACUUCCUCAGGCUUCUCCAACAAAAAUUUCAGGCAGUUGAAGGGCUCCUCACCCAGGAGCAUUUAGUGCUUUGCUGUUUUGUUGACAUCACAAAAUAAAAUGCAUGUGCUAUUUAAUUUCUCUGGAUUUCCUGAAUCAUGAAACCAUUGUCAAUGUUUAUUAAUGACCCAAAGAGGUGCUUGUGACAUGUCACCCCCAAUUUUCCUGCAUGUUCCAUGCUUAUUAAUUUAUUUAGUUGAAUUUACAUUUAUUCCAAGCCUGGAAAGUCCCCUUAGGAAAGGGUUAUAUGGAUUUCUCUGAAAUGGCCUUUGAGUGUGGAUACUGCUGGGCAGAAAACAUUUACUCAGACCCACCUUCCAAGCAAGCACUUGUUUCAAGAGUCAGCCUCUUUUAUUAAGACCUUGGAAAACUACCAAAGUGGUUACCUCCUGGAGUUUCUUAUCAAGAUCAGACCUGAAGUCAUGUAUCAUUUCUUCCAAAGAAAUUCUCUAUAUCUCUACAUGUGCACAAGUACAUAUUAACACAGUUUCUCCCUGUUCAUAGCAUUGAGUCAACAUUUCAACGCCUUAGACUUUCUUGGCAGAUAGAAGCGUCUUUAUUUUUAGGAGACAUAAACAGACACCUUCAUUCUACUUAAAAGUGAGGACUGGUCACCAUCAACAUUAAGACAUACUGAGAAAUUUGAAACAUUCAGCCUGCUGCUCAUCUUUGGCAGGGGGCUACUGAUUGGUUAUCCCCAAGUAGUGAGGAUUAUAUGAAUAUUCAUGAACUAGGAGUUGGGAGAGUCUGUGGUUGUUGAACAUGUCAUAGGAUGCCUGCCUGAUAUGGACUCUUGAAGCCCCUUUCCACAUACCUUUAUAUCUCAGCACUGCAUAUUAUGUCCUUUGUCACAUACCUUAUUGUAUGAGAAAUCAGUGAACAGCUCCCCUGUGUUCCAAGGUUAUCCUAGAAAACUAUAGAAUGUGAGACAUUAUAUAGUCCUAGACUGGGGUAGAGGAGAGUGACAACCUCGCUCUGGAAAUUGAUAUUUGCAGCAUAGGGGACUGUCUUUUGUGACAGUGUCUUUGGGGCCCUCUGUUUAUGGAGUCAUUAUUAACAUUUGUCAUUAUCAUAAUCGAACUGAAUUGUCGAACACCCAGCUGGCGUCUAAGAAAUCCUUGCAGGGAGAUAAAUACAUCCAUACAUCUGGUCACAGACCCAGGCUGGAUGUGGACACACAGAACAAAAAACAAAACAAAACAAAACAAAACAAAACAAACUAAUUUUAUAUGCAUCUAACUUUAUCAAAAUAAUAUAGCGCCAACUCUGCAAAUAGAAAUGUAAGUAUUUAAGGGACUCUAAGUAUAACAUUUCCAUGCUGACAUUAGCAUAGGUGAUAUUUUUCUUCGGAGAAUUUACAUACAGUUAAAACAUAAGAUCCUACUGGGCUUCACAAACACUCCAUUGCCUGUGGGUGGUUUUCCUUUUAAAACACUCUGUGCUGCCUGGUGAAGCCUGGCUGUUCACGGCAGAAACCAUAGUGAAAUCAGAGCCAAAACCCAGAGAAGACAUGUGCCGCCUGUAGGUUAUUGUUUAACCUCCCUUGAGUGUGUGAGAUUAACUUCUGGAUCCGCAACUUGGUGACAUGAUCUCAGAGAGAUUUCACAUCCAUUUAAUAUACUGGGAACUAUGUGGCAAGCCUGGAGCCAGAUGGCCUUCUCUACCAAACAGGGAUUUAGUUUGAAGAGACUUCACGGAAAUUACAUGACAAACCCAGGCUGUUAGCAUUGGGUGGAAUAGGUAGAUCUUAUUUAUUUUAAUUUCCUAGCUACAUUGAGAUAUGAUUGGCAAAUAACAGCUGCAUCUUUUGAAGGUAGAUAUCGUGGUGACAUGAUGAAUUCAUUUAGUAUAGAAUGAGCCCAGAAAUCAAGUCACUUGGCUUAUCAUAAGCCUUAUAGGCACUACCAUUUUUUUUUUUGGUCUGUGGGCAGAACAUUUAUAACCCCCAAAUCCAGACAGUCACCCACAGGCUCAUGUUUUAAAGCUACAAUUAGUGAUGUUAUUUUCCUAAUUAUCAUUUUUAAAUACUUAAUGUGCAUAUGCACUUGUGUGCACAUGUGUGAGAGUGAAUGUAUUCACCCAGGCAUGCAUGUUUAGAAGCCAGAAGUGGAUGUGGUGUGUCUUCCUCUAUCACUUUCGGCUUUAGUUUUUGAGACACGCUCUCUCACUGAACCUAGAACUUGCCAUUGUGGGUAGACCAGUUGGCUACGCUUUGUCUUUACCUGUCUUUGUUCCUCCAACACUGGGGUUUUGUGACUCCAUACCAGGCUUUUACAUGAGUGUUGGGGUUUGGACCAGGUAUUCCUUAGACUUGUCCAGCAAGUACUUCACCCACUGAACCAUCUCCUCCACCCUUACAGUACUAGUUUGUAGGUAGAGCAGCCUUUGACUUUUGUCAUUAAAGGCUUGCCUUUGAAGUUUAUGACUGCACAAAUGUGUUCUCUUAAUGUUGGCAGCUCAAAGAAGCUGCAGUUGGGUUUCCAUAGCAAAUAGUCCAACUUUACAAGGCAGCAUACAGGUAUAAACCCUGCUUCUGAACCAGGUUUCCCCCACAAUGGCUGUGUUUUUCACAUCAAAAUGAGCUGAACUUUCUGAUUCCAUUAGCCACAUAUGGCUCCUUGAUUUGAUUCUAUUGCCAUUGUGUCACAGCAAUAAAAAGGUAGCAAAUACAGUUGCCAUGUUGUAUAUCAGAUUGCCAUAAGUGCAAGUUUAUACCCUUUGACCCACAUCCCAUUGUCUCCCCCACCCAGAUCUUUAUAAUAACCAUUCUGCUUUCAGUAAAUCAUUCUUGUGCUCAUUGCCCUGUGUGGGAGUUCUGUUGUGGCCCCUGUGCAAACUGACAUGGGCAAAUUGUAUAGAACAGCUCAACCCCAAAGCCUCCCCUGGGUAUCAAAUCUUUCAUCUACUGCCCCAUGCAUUGAACCAAAUAAUUUCAAUACUUGUCUGGCUGCAUCAGCCCACAAUGCUCAGUGGUGUCUAAAGUGAAAGGACUUUCGUAUUCAGGCUUUGAGGUAUGUGUUGUAUGAAUAUGUAUGUGUGUGGGGGUGUUACAUUUAUGGUAUAUACUUUGUGUGCAUUGUGUUAAUACAUAUGUGCUGUGUAUAUUUCUUGUGUGUAUUGUGAACAUCUCUAUUGCAUGCUGUUUUUUUAAAACAUGCAUUCUGUGUAUAUUGCAUGUACUCCAAUGAGAGUAUUGUGUGUGCUACAGGUAUGCCUGCUGUAUGUCUUAUGAGUGUAUGAUGUAAGUGCUUUGUAUAUGUUAUAUGCAUCUGUUGUACAAAUGAUUGUAUUGCAUGCAUUGGAAUUGUGUGUGUAGUGUAUAUUUAUGUCUUAUGAUUGCAUUCAAUGUGUGAAGUAUGGGUCAUAUGUAUUCUAUAUGUUGAGUAUAUAAUAUAUACUUGAUGAGUGCGUGUAGUGUAUGUUGCACACAUAGGAUGUGUUCUGUAUAUUGUGUGUGGAAUAUUUUUGUGAGUGUGUCUCUUGCGUUGCAUGUGUUUUGCAUGUAGUGUGUGUUGUAUGAGGGCCUGGUUAAAGGACAUGUUUGACAUAUUUGACCAUUUGCUUGGCAGACACUUGUUAGAUGGAGGAAAGGCUAUCAUCCAUAAAGGACUCAGGGCACACAGUCCCAGAUGGCUGGUUAGUUUCUUGAAGACCUACUUGUGUUUGUUUCCCAGUCUUCAGCAUCAGACAGAGGGAGGCAGCCCUGGUGUGACCAACAUGUUCAGACCUGUUGUAUGUAAUCACCCAUGUCCUUGCUCUCGAGCUUGGGCUUUCUCUUACUUUUCUCUACUUUAACUUCUUCACUCACCAUGUAAUUCCUUCUCUAUCCUGUUGGCUGUGUGUUAUUUGUCCACACCUUGCAGAAAGUGGGAAUUUUAUCCGAUAUAUUUCCAGGUUAUGCUUCAAACACAAGGGUGCUGCUUGAUAUGGGUCAUAUGCAUAAUAAAAAUAUUUGUUUAAAAAUGAGGAUAAUGAGUUCCAGAAUGUCUCAAGGGUUUUAGCCAGAUGAAGGUGGUCUCAGAACAUCGGUAAUAUCUUGCUCAACAGUUCCCCCUUUUGUUGAGCAUCCAUCUAGUCUUGAAGGGAUUGCGAAGUUGGCUUUAGUGGGAUGUUAUAUCCUAUUUGGUUCACAGUGAUCAAAAGGCCACAAUUUUCUUCUAUAGGAUGUAUAAUCUGGUACAACUGGUAUCACUAGGAGUUUGGGCAUCAAGCUGUCAAAUGCUCAUAACCAUGGCCCUUCCUAAGCCCUGGCCUCCAGUCUUAUGAUCUCUCUUCAGGUCUCUUCUGGUUUUUCACAGCACUCCAUCUCCAUCCUUGACUCAGAAGCUCUGGCAGCAGCAUCUCUGUACCCACCGAAGGCAGCUCCCUCAGCCAACUAGCUGCAGCAGCUAGCCUGCUGUAACUGGUCUCACUGGCCUUCUCUGAGGGCUCGAGUCUCUCAGGCUCUUCCUUUGGGGGAAGAGGUGUCAGCUCUGGAGAUGGGGACCUAUUCUGAGAUUUGAGUUCUUGCCUUCUUUUUCUGUCCCACCUUCUGUGAGUCCUUCCUGCCAGACUUGGGAAGGGACCUUCCUGGAGAGCUGUGUGGGAGGCAGCUCUCGUGAGCCACUUCACGAUCUACUAGUCUAGUGUUCCUCCAUGACUGUUGAGGUGUAAGGUGGAAUUGAGGAGGCUGAACUGUAUACUUUGGGGAUGGGUAGAUGGGUCAGUCAAUAAAGUGCCUGAUUUGUAAGCAGGAGGACCUGCAUUCUGCUCCCCUUAAAACUUUGGGUAGUACAUGACAGUAAUCCUAGCCUUAAUGUAGGGAAAGGAAAGUCUUAAACAGAAGGAUCCCCAAACUGAUUGAUCAAUCAUCAGCCUAAUUGAAUUGGUGAGCUUCAGAUUCAUUGAGAGAGUCUGUCUCAAUGCUAAAGAUGAAGAACAACCCGGGGAAAAUACAGAAUAUCCACCGCAGGCCUUAGCAUUCCCAUGCAGCAAGCAGACCCACGGCUCAAAGCAUCUACUUUGUCUUUUAACAAAGACUCACUUAUUUUAACAACUCAUUUAAACUUAUUUAGGACUUCACCUUAAUGUACAGGAUUUUAAAGUUAAAAUGCUUCUUAACACAGAUGCCUCUUCCUGACUGCACAGGCUAUAUAUAUGACUCAUGAUAUUUUUCUUUGGACUUUUGUCCUGCUGUGGACUUAAACCCCAUUCUGCGUUCCAGAGCUGAACAACGCUGUCCUCUUCAGUUUCAAGCACACAUGAGGCUGUGCUGUAGAAGCAAUACAUGCACUUCCAGAAGCAAACUGAGCUCUCUUAUAAAGGCUUAGUUUUUCAAAAUAAGAUAUUCCUAGAGUUCCAAUGCUUGAAACAUAGUUGGGUAAAACAAAGCAAAAUUUAUAUUGUAUUUUAAUAAAAAGUUAAUAUUAAUAACAACCUUUAUUAAUGAACUAGCAGGUAAAGGGCUAAGAGAAAUAAUUCUGAACAUCAAUAUAAUAGUCCACAAAUAAAAAUAGAACAUGGCAGUUUAAAACACUGCCUAUUAAUGAUGUCCUAAGAACAUAUGGAAAUCUGUCCUAUGUGGGUUCUUGUCGGUUAACAAAAAGCAAAGAAUAAGACUUGGAGGACUUUGUAGUGGUUGUGGGAUAUGAGAAGAGACGGAAGGGAGAGGAAGGAGUUGGAAAGGGGACAAGGAAAGAAAAAUGACUCUUCUAGGUGAGAUCCUCCAAAUAAGAGCCCUCACACCACCACACUGUUCCCCAUGCUGGAAAAGCCUCCUUCGUGGCUCUCAAAGCUGGGGACAAUGAGCUGCUCUCUUCUUAGCUACCACACCUUCAUCUAGAACCCAGAGAUUGCACACCAUGGGGUUUCUUCUCCCAGCAUAAAGUACUGGGGGAGGGGUAUCAGUAUCACCUUUUAUAGUGGGUUGGCCUAAUGCUGCUUUUAUUCUAAUGCUAAUUUUGAGGAGAGCAAAGCCAUUUGCCCCAAAGACAAGAAAGUCCUUACAUAAGACACUGAAGGACCCUGUCCCCAGUUGAUUGUGAUCGGUAAACAGAGAUGUCUACAGCCAAUAGCUGGGGAGAAGAGAAAUAGGUGGGAUUGAGUUUUGGUGGACUUAGAGGAGGGAACAGGAAAGAGAAGGAAUUAUUUUUAGCUAAAAUUUGUUCUAGAUGUGUCUACACACACACACACACACACACACACACACACAACACACACACACUGGUUCCCUUUCUCCUUGGGAACUGUCGCUGAUGACCUUGGUAGCUCUGUAACUGUUUCUUGAGUUUCCAAGGGAGGGAAGGGAAGAUUUUCUGGCAUAGGUCACAUCAUGGGCAGACUUGAAGAUUUGUUACUGUCAUCAGCAGGAAUGUCCACUGUGGCAUAUACAAAAAGAGAUAACAAAGGGAAUAGAGAAAGACACAAAAUACCAGGCCUUCCCAGCCCCACCGCGGCUCUCGCUGUUGAGAUGUCAACUGAUGUGGUUGGGUUAAUUCCUAUUAUGGCUUUGGAAUUAGGGCUAACAGCAAUUUUAAAAAAUCAAGACCUCAAGGGAAGGGUAGUUAGCUGUUCUUCAAAAGCAAAGAAGAAGACAUUAGGGAGUCUAUAGCAUGCCAUCUAUGGCCCAGGGUCCCAACUAUGAUAAACGACCUUUUUCUAGAGUUUGAAGGAGCCAUUCCCAGUGUAUGGUUGUCAUAGUAUCUUUUCCCAGCCCUUUUGAUACAGUGGCUCUCUUGCUAGGCCACAUGCAGUCAUGCAUCAAUGUAAUUGUUGUAAGAAGCUACACACACCUCAGGAGGCCUGUUCUAGUAUAAGUCUGUCUUAAGUUAGAGUUUUACUGCUGUGAACAGACACCGUGACCAAGGUGAUUCUUAUAAGGACAACAUUUAAUUGGGCCUGCUUACAGGUUCAGAGGUUCAGUCCAUUAUCAUCAAGGUGGGAGGGAGCAUGGCAGCAUCCAGGCAGGCAUGAUGCAGGAGGAGCUGAGAGUUCUACAUCUUCCUCUGAAGGCUGCUAGGAGAAGACUGGUUUCCAGGCAGUUAGAAUGACUAACUGUCAGUUUAGGUUCUUAAAACCCAUGCCACAGUGACACACUACCUCCAAUAAGGCCACACCUCCUAAGUGCCACUCCCUGGACCAAAUAUAUCCAAACCACCACACAGUCCUAGUGACUUAUUGAGAACCUAGACUCCAGUAGAGUUCUCUCUCAUUCCUGCCCACCGUGGUGGUGCUCUUACUCAAGCAUAAGAAGCACCUGGCCCCAUUAUUCAAAACUCUGAAGAGCUCUUGGCUAAGGUUGCUCCUAUGGACUUCAGAGAUCAGGUGAAAAGCCUAGGAUUAAUGCUUUUGUGUUCCUAAACACACAGAGUGAGAGGAAACAGAAAUGGUGGGAAGACUGUAAGUCAUUGUAGAAAAGGGUUGUAAGGGAGAAAAGGAGCAUAUUAAAACAUAACCCCCCCCCCCCCACACACACACAUGGAUUGAAAAGCACUAAAACCAGGCAAAGGCACUUUUAAUGGACAAAGUUAAGCAAUCCAUUCAUUCAGUCAACCAGGAUGUAAUAUGUUGUCACAUUUUAUUUAACAUAAUGCUGAUAGAACAGUGAAUAAAAGGACCCAAAGUCUACCCUCAUGGGUCUUACGUUCUGGUGAGUUAGGUAGGUCAAAUUAAGUGGUUACAUGUACUAACAAAUAUUAUGGGGAUUCAGUAACGUAGGGCUGUGUCUGUGCACACACAUGUUCAUACACACGUGUAACUUUUAGCGAAAGACAUCUUAUAUUUUGGGACACAUGUUUGGCAACAAGCAAGGGGGCUUUCUUCAGCAGUAGUGAUUUGGACUCUAACAAUGUAAGAGGAACAAGAAAGUCAUAUUGCAGUCGUUAAGACAGGAAGUGAUUCAAGUUUGGCUAAAACGUUUUAACAAUUAAAAAAAAAAAAAGACAGAGCCCAAGAGAACCACUUGGACUCAGCAAUAGCUAAAUGUCUCAGUUUACGUAAAGAAGGUUGUGAAAGCUUUCAGGAUAGGCUACCCUUUGCUUUUAAAGCUUUUAUUUAACUUGAAGAUCAUUGAGAUUCCAAUUAUUAUUGCCUCUUCAGGAUGUUGGCCAAGUUCAAGGCCUUUACCCCACAGAGCUGGAGUUAAUCACAUCUAGCAGAUUUGGUUAUGCAGAAAUGCUCUGCUUUUCAAAUGUGGUUUGGGUUGGUGUUGGGGGAAUGGGGAUUCUAUCAGCUGUGGUCACUAGCUUCUGGCCUUCCGGCCAGCAAUACUGGCCUUUUUUUUCCCUACCAGAAAACUCCCUAUUCCAAAAAGACAUCACUGAGUUCAUACCCAAGAAAGUCCCAGCAAUAUACUUUAUUUGCAUAGUAUUGUUCCGUUAACUCCCCCACCCCCACUCCCAGGCAUGCUAAGCAUCUUCAAUCUCAGUAAGUCUCUAAUAAAGGAGGACAGAUAUGAUUGCGUCCAUCUUCUAGAGUAAAAAAGCCUGAAUCAAUACAACUUCUAUAAGGUGGUUAAAGACCAUCUCUGUCACCUACUGCACACCAGGCAAUGUGAACUCUUUUUUUUCUUUUCUUUUCUUUUUUUUUUUUUUUUCCGGAGCUGGGGACCGAACCCAGGACCUUGCGCUUGCUAGGCAAGCGCUCUACCACUGAGCUAAAUCCCCAACCCCAAUGUGAACUCUUUUAUGAGUUAACUUUUUCCGUCCUCACAGUAACACAGUGACUUGAGACAUGCCAUCACUUGAAGAUCAUUCAGAUUUCAAUUUUGAUCGCUUCUUCAUGGUUGUUGACUGAGUUCACAGCCUUGAUCGCACAAAGGUAGAGUUAUUCAUAUCUACCAGAUUGAUAUCCUUAGAUAAUUUUUGUCAUGGUGUGAGCAUUGUGUAUGACUGAGUUAUGUGGCAGAGAUGGUUAUAAUGUCACCAAGGUACUAUGAUCUCAUGGGACUAUCUUUGUACACAUGGUCCAUGGACGAUCAAAAUGGCAUUAUGUGUCACAGGACUGCUGCAUGACUUUGCCACAUACCAUUAAGACACAAAAGACAUGACUUAACCUUGGCCCCACAGCUAGUCCUGGUAGGAAUGGAAAGUGAGCUGGGAUGCUGCUUUCUAUUCUCUAUGCUAGUAACCCUCAUGGCAUGCGUUCCCUGGUUCCAAAAAUGAAUCCCCCAUCUCCCUUACAUUUUUUCCCCUGCACAGUGAUUAGUACUGGGGCAGUAAAGUGCAGCAAUGUGGAUGGGAGGCAGCAUCAGCUUUGAACAGUCAGCUGAAUCCUCACCCGUGAGUCUCUUCGCUGGGCCAUCCUUAGACAAGUUCCUACUCCCAUUUAGGACGUCUGUCCAUAAAAUAUGGGUAGUUAUGCUGCUGCUCUGUUAUAGCAUCUCACUUGCAGUCAGACACAUGUGCGUGGUUUUUAGACAUUUUCUUCCUACAUAUAUGAUUGAUUAUUGGGUGCGGGCCAGAUGGAUAAUCAAGAUAACUGCUAUAGUUUGAACAUGAAAUAAUCCACAUAGGUUCAUGACAGACAGCAGAUGGUGCUGUGUUGGGAGGUUGGAACCUUUGGGACUGCAGCCUACCUCUUGGAAGGAAGUCACUCAGGGAAGGCCUUAAGGGUGACAUCUGCUUCAGUGUCCUGCCUCCCAGUCAGUACCAUAUUGGAUGGCUCCAUUUUGAACUUCAGCUACCGUGCUUUCCAUGGUAGACUAUUUCUUUUGAAACUGGGAUCUUACAUAUCUAAUUGAUUUCUGAGCACAGGCCAGACCUGCUCCCCACACCACCCCUAAUUGCUUCUGUGAGGUGUUUGGUCACAACUUCGAGGAGAGUAAGGCAAAAAGCUGUGGUCAAGCAAAACUGCAGAUGAUGAAGUGACUGUGUGUAUGGUCAAGGAAACUGCAGAUGAUGUAGUGACUCCGUGUACCUUUUAGGGUAUUCGGGAUAGAAGUUUUUCUACCUGAUGACUUAAUACCUCUGUGAGGGUUACACUGAGUCCCCAUGGGUGAGGUUUAUCAGGAUGAUAUCCUUAAGAUACCAUUUCAAAGCCAAAGUCAGGCAGUUAGUUCCAAGGGAGAUUUCUCCCAAUAUCUUUGCCCUUUGUUCUUUGUCUCAGAAAUUCCUCCUCCGACCUACCCAGUGAUCUCAUUGGGCUGCUUUGUGCAAAGAGAUUAGCAGAGGGUGCUUUAAAGCUACUGGUAAUGUUACAAGGCUUCUGUCUGCAUGGUUAAUUCUACUUAUGUUAACUAUAUUAGAAACUAAAACUAUGCCAUUUUAGAAGUAAAUUUUGUGGGUCAUUCAAAUCCCCAAUAAACCGACUGACAGUCAAUGUCAGUAGCAUGAUGUCUCUCAUAAAUUACAUGUGUAUUUAAAACAAAUAAAAAAUAAGAAUAGUAGCAUUGUUUUACAAUACGUACCCUAUACUGGAAAGUUCUUUUAUGCUUGGUUUCACAAAACAGAGUACAUUUUCUUCUUCUUUUCGUCGUUGUCUUCUUCUUCUUCUCCUUCUCCUUCUCCUUCUCCUUCUCCUUCUCCUUCUCCUUCUCCUUCUCCUUCUCUUCCUCCUCCUCCUCCCCCUCCCCCCUCUUCUUCCUCCUCUUCCUCCUCCUCCCCCUUCUUCCUCUUCUUCUUCUUUAAUGGUGUGGACCUCAGACAGAGUACAUUUUUAAAAUUUGCAUCUGCAUUUGAUCUUUGAGGUAAUUGCCAUGUAGCUUGUGGAAAACUAUGGAAUGCCCUGAGAGAAAGUAUAUAUAAAAGCUUCUUUGAGUUGCUAUGUAAGCACUUUUAAUCUUGAGCUCUUCUGAGAGGCUCUUGAAGAACCUUUUGAGAAUCACUAAAAUAGAAUAUCCUUUUCUCUUUACGAAAGUAAAAUUUAUUUUUAGUUGACACAUGAGAAUUGUAUAUACUUUGGAGUAAGAAUGCAAUAACUUAUCUGUCACCAGAGACCUUUAAAAUUCCUUUCAGAAGCAAUCACAAACCCUCUUGGCUAGCUCUUUUGAAUUGUACAAUUAGUUAUGGUCAAUCAUAGCUACCUUUAAUAGAUUAUCAUGGCUCGUUCUUCUUACCAGUCUUCUCAGAACCACUAGACAUCAUUUCUACACCACCCCUCCUGCCCACCAUUCCUUACCUAUUCUGUUCUCUACUUCUACGAAACCAAGAGUUUGUGUUUAAGAGAGAGCUCAUGAUAUUUGCCUUUCUGUGCUGGUUGUUUUUCACUUAGCGCAGUUGUCUAUUUCCACCCAUGAUGCUGUAAAGGACAGGACUUCUUUCUAGGGCUCAAUAGGACCUUGCUGUGUACAUGCAUGCACAUACAGUGUGCAUGUUUUCUUUAUCUCUUCAUCCAUCAUUGGAUGCAUGGGUUGAUUUCUUCAAUAUGACUGACCAUAACUAAUGGAAAUCGUGUUACAACAUUUAAUGACUUUUAUAAUCAUCUGAGAAUCCCCUCUCAGCUUCGCUCUUCUGUAACCUGCUUCAAAAUACCACCUGCUAGUGAUCUUCUUUCAGAAUUCUUGGAUUUGCCAGAUCAAAAGAGUAGAUAGGUGUCUCUUUAGACAUAUCCCUCUUUCCUAUUCUCUCUCUCUCUCUCUCUCUCUCUCUCUCUCUCUCCCUUUUUCUUAUUCUGUUUCUUUAUAGCUUUUCUCUCUUUUCCAUCUGUGCUGACAAACCUAAGGAGAUUUUAUUCCCUGGCUGGAGCCUCACAACUUGUCUCUCUGCUUCUUGGAUACAACAGUAGCUAAAAUGUUCCUAAGUGACAUUCACAGUUAACUUCCUUUCCCAAAAUUCCUGCCCUAGGUCAGCGCUGAUCAAUUCUGCAUUAUGGUUUUAUGUUUUAUGAAGAUUUCAAGUGCUUUUUCUGGUUAAAUGGAAAGAAAUAAAUAUUUUGGCAUGAGUAAAGAAUCCUAGUCAGUUUCACUGGUGAGCUUCAGAAGUUGUUGGUAUAUUUAAGCUUCCAGGGGUUGAGGAAUAGAGCCUAGAUAGACUUUCUCACCGGAAACCACCAAGUAACAAGAGAGAACACGCAGGGUUUUAAGACAUUAGAUAUCAGUGGAGAUGGCCCAUCGUCCUACAAGUCACGAAACAAAUGGGUGAGCCCUGGACUCUUUCUGUUGUCAUAGUAAAGGAGAAGACAAACAGUCAUAGUUCAGCAAACUCCUGACUGGAUGAGAUGGAGCUUAGGAAGGCCAUGGUGGUAACCAUAAAGAAACAAAUGUGGAAAUGGACAUUUUAGAGACCAUCAGGGUUCUGUGUAGGGACUCAAAUACUUGCAUGAGAAAGCUACCAUGUCCAGGAAAGGAAUCAUGUGAAAACCCUUGAUAAGAUGUUGCACAAGCUCAGGAAUGACCAUUGUUGCUUGUCACAAGGUGGAUAAAAUGUCCAGAUCUAAAAGUAUCUUUUAGAGGACUCAGAAGUGACAAGCUAUUGGGAAACCAUGUCUAAGACCAACUGCUGCUUGCUGUGUUCCUACAUAAUGAUUAAAAACAAGACUCCAAAGAAGCAAACAGUAUUCAAGAACUCAUGUGUAUCCUGAGUCCAGAAGGAUCCAGAAAGUAAACAUCUGGAACGUUUGGUGCCCACCUAAGAAUUGCCAGAUGUACAAAGUUGGAAGGAAAAAUCAACAAGAGACUAACAGAAAUUUGUGUCAAUGUCAGGGUUAGAGUAUAAGAGCACUAAAGUUUAUUAUAACUGUAUUGCAUGGGCUUCAAGAGAUGAGCAGAGAAAUCUAAGGAUUUGAAGUGUAUUUAUAUCAACCUAUCCCACACAGAAAACUACAGCUCCAAACAGUUCUACCUGGCCAUUAAAGAAGACCCAACAUCAGUUCUAGUUGGACUCUCCUAGUAAACUGAAGGGGAAUCAGCCAUUCUCAACUUGUGAAGUCUUCCCAACUCUCUAAGGCCAUUUCUGGUACCUCAAAACUAGAGAAUACAUACAGAAACACAACAGGCCAUUAUUGCUCAUGAACACAGACAUGAGAAUAACUAAACAGAUUACUAUCAAAUAAGAUCCAGCAAUCUCUAGAAAGGCAAAAACACAAUGACUAAUUAUCUUCACAAAGCAAGACCGGCUCAGCACCGGAAAACUGAUGUAUGUAGUUCACCAUAUUGACAGAACUCAAAAAUGGAUGCCGCAGAAGCACUUAACACACUCCAAUUUGUAUUCCUGAUAAAAAUGUCCUGAGAAUUACGACAGAGGCUUUCUCAGCCUAAUAGAGGUGUAGCUAACAAAAGACCCACUUAUACUUCAUACUUAUGAAAACGCCCACUGAGACCAGUGUGACAGCGAUGCCUGUAUCCCCGCUUCUAGUCAGUCCUGUGCUACAGCAUUUAGCUGGGUCAUAAAGAAAAAAUAAAGAAAAUUAAAUAUAGGGCAUGUAUUUUAGAAAGGAAACUAUCUAGAGACAACAUAGAUUUCUAGAUAGAAAAAUCCUACAGCACUCAAUACAUAAAAAUAUUUAGUGUAUCUAAUCAGAUUUGUAGUUUACAGAUCAAUAUAAAAAAAUAUCAGCUGUGUGUCUGUGCAUCAGCGGUGAACAUCCAGGAAGUAGCAUGUAAAGUAAUAUCUUCUACAGGAGCAUCAGCAAUAUGAAAAGUUAAAUAUAAAUUUAACAAAAUGUCUAAGAUCUACAGGAAGGUGGUAGAGACAGCAGACAGACCUGCCAAUCUAAGCCCACAGAAUGCCUGAUGGUGCCCUUGAUGGCUUCUUCUGCACUGUCAGAACUGGUUUAAGCCCUUUCUAGGAGUCUGUUUCAAGGUCGAACUGCCUUUUCCGGGGUCUUGAGCACCAAUUUCAUGCCUUCUAUAUACAUGGAAGAAAGAAAACAGAGAUCAGCUCAGCACAGUCCUGCCUCUUAAGACUGGUUGACUUAUGACUGCACAAGAAGCCAGAAGGAUCCAUGGCACUGAGGCCUCUUUUCUGCUUACACACAAAGCAGAUGACUUUUCUAGCUCCCAUUCUGCCUCAAGGCGGUCGUACAUAAUGAUAAUUAUUCUUGGAUAGUAGUUUUCUGCUACUGGGUAUCAGACACAGUUGGCUGUUAACACAUUUGAGCAUUAACAAGAUGAUCAAACAGAUACCGUGCACCAUCAUCUGCCAGAUUUCCUGCUGGUGGUAGAAAUGGCCACCUACUCUUCACCAUCCUAAGCUGAAGUUCUUAAGGCAUUGGAGAGCCUGAGUUCUAAUGGGCUGCAAUUUUCCGAGAAAAUCGGUGACCAACACUGGAAGUAAAAUAAUCCACAUAAUGCUAUGGAGUCAGGGCUAAUUCUUUUAUUCAAAAUAAUUUCUGUUUGAAACUGGAUCCCUCUGCCCAUCUGAAAGGUCUCAUUUUAAUUUAGUUUGCUGCUGAGAUUGUUUUAGUGAUAUGAUAAUCUUGAGGAAAUCCUCUAUCACAUGUAGCAUUCAGAGAUGAUAAAGAAGAGAACACGUGUGCCAUUUUGAUUCUGGGAGAUCUGUCAUGCUAGAUUUAAUUUUCAUGGUACCAGUGGGCCACAGAUAACAAUAACACGUUCCUGAGUGUGGUCAUUGAUUUGCUUGGCCAUUUAAUCCACCCUGUAACUGUGCCCUGCAACAAUGUAGCCUGGAGGAUUCUGGGCCAGCUCAGGGAUACUUACUUGCAGUUCAUUAUAGAUCCCAUCAGGUUCGAGUUAAUUGACUUAUCAUCAAGGAUAGAUCGCUCUCAUGGCUGGAGCUGAUUUGGACAGACAGCUGAGGACCAGGGUACCUGCAUGUGACCUACACAUGGCUGGUGCUUUCCAUUGGAACAAUAGUCUGAAGCUAGUACUAUUUCUUGCCUGGCAGCUCGGAGCCUGAAGGAUGAGUAUUCAAAAGUUCCAGAAAGGACAUAAGAAUUUUGUUUGAUUGACCUCAGAAGUCAUUUCCACUUCCUUCCUUUUAUUGGUCGAAUAAAUCACUAAAGCCCACCUAGAUUCAAGGGAAGGUAAAUAGACAUCGUGUGCGCAUUCAGUGGGGAGCAAUUCAAUAUGGCUCCUCAAACUGAAAGAGUAUUGUCUUUAAUGAACUACAGUGGUCGUAUGAAAGGAAAACCACUUACAGAAAUUACAUUGUCAGUUAUAUGCAGAAAAAAACAACCUGAGUUCCUAAAUGGCCCUGCCAUUGCUGUCUCUGUACGUUUCUACAGAUGACCUCUAAGUUACGUCUAUUUUCCUUUUCCCUAUAAGCAUCUUUCAAACCCACACUUCCAUGAGGGACUCUUUCAACCUGUUCUUUUCUUUUGUUUUGUUUUUUUAAAGUAGAGAAUAGAGUUUAUUCAGAGAGAGAGAGAGAGAGAGGGAGAGAGAGAGAGAGAGAGAGAAAGGAAGGAGAGGAGGAGGAGAGGCCAGGCAGGAGCAGCAUGUGGAGAGAGGUGGGAGGGGAAUGGGGAGAGGGUAAGAAGCAGAAGCAAGGGCAAGAGAGCAAGAGAGAACCUCAGUUUAAAGGUGAAUUUAAGGGCUGGGAGAAUGCUCAGUCAGUAUAGCAUCUGUCUUGCAAGUGCAUGGAUUGAGUUUAAUCCUCAGAACUCACGUGAGAAACGCCAGGCAUGGUGGAGCACACCUGCCAUCUCCAUGCUGGGGAGGCAGAGGCAGGUGGAAGGAGCCUGAGAGAUGACACUUGAGGUUGUCCUCUGACCUUGACAUCUGGGCAGAAAUCAUUCCACACACAAAACACACUGAAACAUGUAUGAACACAUACAGUAUAGAGACAUAAAGAGUGGAUAAAGAGGGGUUUAAGGAAGGCUAUGCUCUUGUCUGGCAUAUGACUGGGCCUGACAGUUUCAAUAGGCAUACUUGGGGCAAUGGGGAAUUAUGAAAAAUAGUCUAGUGGGUCACAAAAGUUCUGUGACCAGUGCUGUUAGUGUCUCAUGUUUAAGCGGUCACAAAACAGAGAAAUGUUGAGAGAGAUGGGGAGAGAAAGGGGAAGGAAGAGAGAGGAGAGCUCCCCACCUAUCUGGUUCCGUUAGCCCUGUCAGUACAAGGACAUGUUUCUCCGUUAAAACAAGCACAGCCAGGCAUGCACCUCCUUUAGUUGUUUGCUCAGGGAAGACGGAGGAAGACAACUGCGGUGACGCUUAUGAUUGGCUUGUCACAUCUGUUCCCUUUUCCCUCUGCGCAUGAAGGAAGUUAAAACAAAACGGUUCAUUGCUCUGAUGAUGUCUGCUAUUCAUUCUUAUCAGCUGUCACCCCAAGUUCACUUGUGGCUUUCUGCCCGGUAAAGGGCUGAAGAGCAAACCAAACCAAACAAAAACAGAAACAAAUAAACAAACAAAAAAACCAAGCCCAUAGUACAGUUGACUAGGAAGGCACUCCCAGAAGCCCCCCGAAAAAUGACUUAGAGAAAGGGGGAACGUCGAACCAAUCGAAACUGAGAUGUCACAGAGAGAACAGACACAGGUUCAAAGGUCCCUGUUUGGAGGUCGGUAGAUGGAAAAUGUGUGACGGGAGCAGAGGAACUGGGCUGUGCAAGGAAGCCCAUCUGGGACAGUGGUUUCCAGUCUGUGCUGCGGUUCUGCGACAGGUUACUGGAAGUUCCACACAUGGCCCAAAUAGGUGUACACAAGUUAAGAGACCCAGAGGGCCUGCCUGUCAAAACAUAAUGGCCAACAACUGCCCGCGUGUUUCUCUGCACGAUCCUUAUGAAUUCUUUCUUUCUGGUGAUCAAGAAAAAACAUUUUUUUUUCUUUUACUUAUUCAGAGCUGUUUCGUGUUUACCGAUUUGAGACCCAGGAACUUUGCCAGUCAUAACAGGCUCCUCUUCACGAUUCUCCCAUCUGCUUCUAACUGGAAGGCUUUGGGGGUAGUGAAGAUGAGGGAGAUUACCGGUUGCCUGAUCUCCAGGGAGGAUUGCUGAUCCACAAGUCAUCCUGUGGUCUUAAAAACUAUAACCGAGCCUAGCGUUCUAUCUUCCAGCCUCAUUUUCUGUGGCUUCUUUGAGGUUUUGGCUCCUCAGUCCCUGGCUCCUUAGGAAGGUCUGGGACUCCUGGAUGCUUUACUGAGCACUGGGCUCUCUUUGGCUCAGGCCACGCUGAGCGCCAGACUUGGCUGUGAUACUAAUGGAACCCAGGGCUCUCAACAGCGUGUGACAGCAGGGUUAGCCGUGUGUCUUACCCUAAAACGUGUGAACACACUCAGAACAUUUGUGUGGUGCUGGGAACUGAGCAGAGCACCCUGUAGCUCACACGGAUACCAGGUGAUCAUCUGAGUAAAGCAGCCACACAUAGGUUACCCCCUCCCCCCAUAAGAAAAGAAGCCAAAGGAAAGAACACAGGGGGAAACACCCAACACAUCUGAGGGACGGAGGAAGCGACAUCCGGGUCUUGGGUAAGGUUGUAAGGUGAGGAGGAGAGGUCUGUACAUUUUAGCACUUGGAAUGUGAAUCCGAGAACUCCUCCUGCAAGCAGAGGCUCAUGUGUCUCGAGGCCAUUUAGGGUAUAGGUAAGGGGCAGGUCAGUGUUUAAAAAGAAGAAAGCCGUACGGUGCAUGCCUUGUUUCUUGGAAGGCUGAGUAGGUAGAUCAUAAGAACGCAGGACUUGAAGGCUGUCCUAGGCAACACAGCGAGACUCUGUAAAUAAAUGUUAUGUCUACAUUGUUGCACAGAUCAAUUUUGCUACUUGUAAACUGUUUGACAACCUUUCAGUCAGUAUUUGUGUCCCGGCAAGUUUGCCUUCACCAACAUAAAGCUUCCAGAUUGCUGUUUUGUAUAUAUAUAGUUAUUUUGUUUGUGACAGUCAGGAGAAAACUUGGGACCUGGUACAUGCUAGGCAAGUGCUCUGUCACCAAAUGACAGUCUCAAGUUAGGCCCACCUGCUUUUAGCAUUCAACAUAAUACCACUUCUAACAGGAUCCUUCUCAAAUGCUCCUGGAUCUGACCUUAGAAAACAUCUAAGUCAGCAUGCAGAUGCUCGGCAUGGCUGCCGUCUUCGAUGCUGUCCUAUUUACCCCUAUCAAAUCAUGAACCAGUCUGGGAGCCUUUUGAUAGAUAAAAAGAUAAAGGAAGUACAGCAUAUAUAUAUACAUAUAUAUACAUAUAUAUACAUAUAUAUGUAUAUAUAUGUAUGUAUAUAUGUAUGUAUAUAUGUAUGUAUAUAUGUGUAUAUAUAUGUAUAUAUGUAUGUAUAUAUAUAUCAUUGAGAUUAUUCAGCUCUAAGGAAUUAAAUACAGUCAAGAUGAAAUCACAACUUUUUAGGACAGUACAUGGAAUUGAUAAUAAUUGUGUGAAGCAAUAUAACAUGGCCCAGAAUGGAGACUGUUAGAGAUGAAGAAGUGGGGGGUAAUAGGGGUGAAUCUGAUCAAACUGUAUGGAUGUGUGAAGGGCCACAUCUAACCUGUGCAUAAUCACCGCACAUAAUUACUGAGCACAAGUAAUAAGCAGUAAGACAAGGAACUUGCAUGGGGACUACCACAGUACACAUCUGUCCAGACAGCCUUGAGGUAGAAGACUUUGUUUAUUCUGCAUCAUGAUGAGAACUGCACAGCAGAAUCGAGCUGGAAGCUUUUAAAAAUCCUGACACCAGGCAGCCCUCAGUAAUUAUGGCAUGGCAUUUCUGACUGCUAAGGGGGUCAAAUCUGGCUGUGAUUGUGCCUAGUUGUAUUCAAGGCUGUGAGAACCACCUCUGAAAUACAGACUCAUGGGACAGGGCUAAGGACAGGGCUAGGGACAGGGCUAGGGACAGGGUUAGGGGUAGGGUACCAGAUCCUUGCCAGGCUUAGGUCUGCUUUUCUGAGGAAAAGGAACAGUCCAAACCUUUGGAAACGAGGGAGGAACUUCUGCCCUGUUAGGCAGAUAUUGCUCCUUUAAGCUUUCAUGCAUUUCAGAGUUGUCCCCGUGUUACUUAAACCUUGGGUUUCUGUGCUGCAUACACGAAUAUGGCAGAGAAUCCAAGGGCUGUCCACCCUGGCAGGCAUACAGGAAAUGGCUGUGCGCUCUAUCUAGAAGGAACAAGUAAUCCCUGUUUGUUUGCAGUUGUAUUGCAGGGUGGCCCAUUCUGACCGGGAAAGAAGCCGGGGGAACAUGGAAUGGUUGGUGCCGUUCCUGGGACCACAAAGUCCUCCUUGUACCCGGUCCUAAAACAUGGCUAUUCUUGAUUUUUUUUCUUCUUGAUAUUUUUUCCUUCUGGGCAUUCUGAGAAUUCUGGAAUUCUCCUUUGCUUAGCAAGUCCUACAAUCAAUUGGGUUAUGAGAGGACCUGCUUCUCUGCCUGGUGUACAGCAGUAACGCAACAAGGUAUAAAACCUAUGAAGUAUCAGCUCUUUGCUAGCAUUCUUUAAAUUUAACUCCUCCUACCUAGAAAGGUCGCGGGCCUUUAUAACAAAAGAGGAAAUCAAAGUAUUGCAAACUUGGUGACUCGGCUAAGUUCUCAAACCCAGUUUGAGGCACACAGUAUUGGGCUCCAGAAGUUGUGCUGAGCAUAGAACUGUGUUUGCCUCGGGAUCUGAUGCUCUGUAGGUCACCAGCUCAGAUCUUAAUUAGGUGGCACAGCUUGGUCUCAAUGUAGAGGUGAGUUGUCCCAGAUAAUUUUGGUUUUGGUGGGAACACAGAGGCUGCUCAGAGGAGCUAAGCCAUUUGGGAACUGGAGCCAUUCUUCCUGGACUCUGGAACACCUAGCAAGGAUGCAGGAACCUUGGAAUGCCCAAGGGAAUGUAAAGACCCUCCCAUGCCCCCAGGGAGAUGCAGCGACCCUCCAAUGCCCUCACUUCCAGGGGGAUACAGAGACCCUGGAAUGCCCCGCAGGGAUGUAGAGACUCUGGGACCCGGUGCAGGAACUCCACUGCCCAACCUAUCCGGCUCCCAGGGCGGGGCAUGGGCACCAGGCCAGCUCGCUAGAGCCAGAGGCUCAGGACGCCCGGCCUGGAGUCUCCGCCUGCUGCACGCCCCCGCGGGCCGGCUAGGAGAGGGAACAGCGUGCCGCCCAGGCGGACAGAGCUGGUGCGGGCGCCGGGAGCCGCCUAGGACCGCGGCGCCGGAUAGAGAAGGGCGGGAGCCCCGCUGGUGCCCGCCUGUCCCACGAACGGCAGGAAUGUGACCCCUCGAGCGCGCGCCGGAGCACCCCUCGCGUGGCUCCCAGGGCUCCGGUUGCUCAGGCCUGGACGGGUUUAGCUCCGGGUUUAGCUGGGAGCUGCUGGAUUGCUGUGCAUCCCCACUGGGGCACCCGGGCACGCCCAGCCUUGGCUCUGCCGAAGCCCUGUGCCGUAAUGUGGCUGGAGAGUACUCUUCAUGCUGCCGAGGCUUGUGACAUCUUCGGCUAAAUCCUCCAUCCUGGUAGACAACGCCCCUUAAAGAUGCUCACUCCCUCUUGAGAAGCAGAACCACUCCUAUAAGGCCUUCUCCAAGGAGAAUAUGAAAGUGCUACUUGGGUUCAUUUGUCUCAUUGUGCCUCUGCUGUCGCUGGAGACCGACAAAUGCACGGAGUAUCCAAAUGAGGUCAUUUCAUUUUCAUCCGUAAAUGAAAUUGACAUUCGCAGCUGUCCUCUUACUCCAAACGAAAUGCAUGGCGGCACCAUAAUCUGGUAUAAAAAUGACAGCAAGACCCCCAUAUCAGCGGACAAGGACUCCAGGAUUCAUCAGCAGAAUGAACAUCUUUGGUUUGUUCCCGCCAAGAUGGAGGAUUCAGGCUAUUACUAUUGUAUAAUGAGAAACUCAACAUACUGCCUCAAAACUAAAAUAACCAUGAGUGUCUUAGAGAAUGACCCUGGCUUGUGCUAUAACACACAAGCCAGCUUCAUACAGCGGCUCCAUGUUGCAGGGGAUGGAAGUCUUGUGUGCCCUUAUCUGGAUUUUUUCAAAGAUGAAAAUAACGAGUUACCCAAAGUUCAGUGGUAUAAGAACUGUAAACCUCUGCCUCUUGACGAUGGAAACUUCUUUGGAUUCAAGAAUAAACUGAUGGUGAUGAAUGUGGCUGAAGAGCACAGAGGGAACUAUACUUGCCGCACGUCCUACACAUACCAGGGGAAGCAAUAUCCCGUCACACGAGUAAUAACAUUUAUCACAAUAGAUGACAGCAAGAGGGACAGACCUGUGAUUAUGAGCCCACGGAAUGAGACGAUGGAAGCUGACCCAGGAUCCACGAUACAACUGAUCUGCAACGUCACGGGCCAGUUCACCGACCUUGUCUACUGGAAGUGGAAUGGGUCGGAAAUUGAAUGGGACGAUCCAAUCCUAGCCGAAGACUAUCAGUUUUUGGAACACCCUUCAGCCAAAAGAAAGUACACUCUCAUUACAACACUUAACGUUUCAGAGGUCAAAAGCCAGUUUUAUCGCUAUCCGUUCAUCUGCUUCGUUAAGAACACUCAUAUUCUGGAGACUGCACACGUACGGUUAGUAUACCCAGUUCCUGACUUCAAGAAUUACCUCAUCGGGGGCUUUGCCAUCUUCACAGCUACAGCCGUGUUCUGUGCUUGCAUCUACAAAGUCUUCAAGGUUGAUAUAGUGCUUUGGUACAGGGACUCCUGCUCUGAUUUUCUUCCCCCAAAAGCUUCAGAUGGAAAGACCUAUGAUGCCUAUGUUCUUUAUCCCAAGACCUACGGAGAGGGAUCCUUUGCAUACUUGGAUACUUUUGUGUUUAAGCUGUUGCCGGAGGUCUUGGAGGGACAGUUUGGAUACAAACUGUUCAUUUGUGGAAGGGAUGACUAUGUUGGGGAAGAUACCAUCGAGGUUACUAAUGAAAACGUAAAGAGAAGCAGAAGGCUGAUCAUCAUUUUAGUGAGAGAUAUGGGAAGCUUCAGCUGUCUGGGCCAGUCAUCUGAAGAGCAGAUAGCAAUAUACGAUGCCCUCAUCCGGGAAGGAAUUAAAAUCAUCCUGCUCGAGUUGGAGAAAAUCCAAGACUAUGAGAAAAUGCCAGAAUCUAUUCAAUUCAUUAAGCAGAAGCAUGGGGCCAUUUGCUGGUCAGGAGACUUUAAAGAAAGACCGCAGUCUGCCAAGACCAGGUUCUGGAAAAACUUAAGAUACCAGAUGCCAGCCCAACGGCGAUCACCACUGUCUAAACAUCACUUACUAACCCUGGAUCCUGUGCUGGACACUAAGGAGAAACUGCAGGCGGAGACACACUUACCACUUGGCUAGUGUGGGAAAGGCGGGCGGGCCAAGACUGUUGGAGUGCCUCCUGUCGUCAGAUGCUGCAGCUGGGCUCUGCCUCCCAGUAAAACAGUCAUGAAACAAACCAGUGCAGUCCCUUGUCCCAGGUCACCUGGAAUUGGCUUUGAAGAGAACAAGACUUGGUGACCAGGCCAUCCUGAGCAGAGAGCUUGGGAAGCCCCAGAGUAACAGUUGCUCUGGGACGUUACUCAGGAUGUUUGGGGAACAAUCGAGGCAGUGAACUGGGAGGAGGAAGCUUCAGGAAAUGGCCACAUGUGUGGGUGGUUAAAUUAGAUUCUGUGGAGUCUCACAGAGGGAUUAUGGUUGUCUGAGGACACUUUGGGGGUCAUUGUCAAAAAAGUGCCUCCCCUAAGCCUCAGUGCAGGUGAAGUUUACUGGUACCCAUCAGUGGAAGGCAUUUCUUCCCUGAAUUUUCCAGACAACUCGGCUGUCAAACAUAGUUUUCAAAGACUAAAUUCUAUUGUGUAGAGCUUGAAAACCGCCUUUUUCAGUGAGAAGGAUUCUCUGGGAUUCCCUUCCCUGCAGUCAGCUAAGCUUUCUGGAUUUUAAAUCAACUGUAGGAGGAAGCCACCCACCUCCAGGUUCUUCUAUUCAAGUCUCCACCCUUAAAUGGCUCUCACACCAUAUUCCUUCUGCAGGGCUCAUUGCUUCUCUGGAAAUAAAUGCGGUGCCUCCUCCCUCCGUCCUGUCACAGGCACAGUCUGAAGAUUUACCUUCAAGAGACUCUGCUCUUACCCCACCCACCACUGCCAGGCUAGGGCUGUAAUACUUCUUUCGCAGAAGCAGAAAUCUAAGCUCCUCCCCUUCUUGUCUGGUCCCAGGGCUCCAGUCAGCCCCCUCUUCACCGUCCUGCUGUGUGAUUGCAGAAGGACCUCUGGAUCCUCUCUGUACCUGUUCUCCACACAGUGCCGCCGCUCUGUCUUUGUCCACUUCCUGUGCCCACAAUUCGCUCUUGGCGUUUUCUCCACCUGACAAGGAGUUUGCUACAGUUUAAAGUUCAUUUUAAUGCUAAACCCCAUCCGCCCAAUCUCUGCUUACUCUAAGACUUUUCCACUCAAGCUGCCAGCCCCCUUGUCUGUCAGUCCAUCUCUGCUGCUUCUCUGUAAAAGGUUGUUUCUUUACUCGCAUAAAUCAGUCCUCUGAGGGAGAAGUAGUGAGUGUCUCUUUGCUCAUUGCUUUCCGAAAUGGAAACAGAUGGUAUAGAUUUCCUAAGGCCUUUAUUAUAAAGUCAUCUUGGAUAAUCAUAUUUAAAUUUGAAAUUGUUCUAAUUUUAUAUAGAAAGGGACUGACCCAUUUAACAAAAGGACACUUUUAACCCUACUGGACCUUGAACUUUCUGGUUUCUGUCCCUGUGCUCUGACUUUUUUUUUUUUUUUUCAGUAUGCUCUGACUUUUUGAUUUCAGGUCUAGCCCUGUGUACUUACCUUAGUAUUCAGUAUUUACUCAGUACUUACUCAGUACUUACUCAGUACUUAGUACUCAGUAUUUACUCAGUACUCAGUACUUACUCAAUACUCAUGGGAAGAGACCUGGGUGUUCUUUGGGAAGUAAUUGAGUGGAGGCAUGUUUUGACAGGAACCCACAGUCCCUUUCAGUGUUGGGAUUAUAAACACCUACCUUAGAUAUUUUAGAUUUUCCAAUACUUGUUCCCUAAAGGUCAACAUUUCUUCUCCCAACUACAAGUGAAAGAAGAGGAAAAAAAUUUUUUGUGGUACAGAAGUUUUUUGUUUGUUUAUUUUUAACUUGAUGACUGUCUUCAGAGUAGUCCUCACAGUUCUGGAAGGUUGAAAAAACCCGAGUUCACAUGCCAAGAACAAACCCAGUUUUAAGGGUUGUAUAUACGGGGAUAUCCAUCUGUCUAUCAGACUUUGAACGUCUGCUGUGGGCGGGGACAAACGUUAUUUAAAGGCAUUUCUCACCUACAUAAAAGUUGACAAAAACACACAAUUUGGGAUUGUGACUCUUGAGUUUUGACCUCAUUUCUCACAGACCCAACCUUACAGCAGAUUGAUCAAUGGACUGCUGGGGUAGAGAAAGAAAGGUUGCCCCACACUGCAGCCAGAAGUCUGAUGGACCGAGGUGAUAUCCUGACUCAUGAUGUUUUAAAGGUUUAAGCUUGCUGAUAAUGUUUUUGUCUGUCACCCAGAAAAUGUAUUGGCGUGCAUGUCUAUUAUGUGUGAAUGAGUGUUAAUGGAAACUUGGCCAGAAAGUAUAAGGGGGAGAGGAAGAACAGAGAGCCACAGAUCUUGUGACACUGAGGGGGAAAUAGAAUCUGUCCCGAGAAAGCCCCUCAACAAGAAAGUAGGGUCAUUGCUGGUUCCCAGGGGCCAUCUAAGAGGAUGAGACAUCACGUAAGGGCAGAGGAAACUUUCUGAGACUUCUCCCCGUCCACCCCAGAAGUGUCUGGUGUCAGCUGAGGAUCACGCUUUGCCCAAUACUUAGAUUUCACCGUACUUUCUGGUGGUGUUUUUUUUAAAAAGGCCAAGUGUUGCAGAAGUUUGCACAUGCAACCGUGUAUUAAUUGCCAGUGUUUAAAACUGGUUUAGCAGAAUUUAUAUUUUUCUCUCUCCUGCCUUUUGAAUUUUACUUUAUGAUAGAGAAAGUAUUGAGCCAUUUUUAGUGACUUUUUAAAAAUAAUAUAUAUUUAUACUGGUCAAUAAUGAAGGGUGUUUUUUUUAUUAUUGAAGAACUUGAUUUUAUAGUUCUGCAACAGAUGCCAAAUAUUAUGUAAUCACAAACCACAUAAUUUAUGUACAGUGCCUAUGACGGAUCAAUAAACCGAACCUGUUUUCUAAUAAAUUGUUAAAGCCUCCUUGGAGUAUCACUGAAAA